AUGACUCCUCUGGAGACUAUGUAUAAUUUGAAGCUUGAUAGGUUCGAGGGCCACGAGGGUUUUGAGGGAGCGGAGCGGUGGCUAGAACAUAUUGAGAAAACCUUUCGUGUUUUGCAUAAUCAGGGGAACCUCCCUGUCGAGAAGUGGGUUGAGACAACAUCUUGGUUUUUGGGUAAGGAUUCGACAUCCUGGUGGGAGCAGGAGGUUCGUUGUUUGUCCCCAGAGGAGAUGACUGAUUGGGAGGAAUUCACUGAGUUGAGGCUGGGGAAGUUAACGGUGAACGAGUAUUACCAGAGGUUUACUGAUUUGUCCCGUUAUCAUCUGGAUGUUGCUGCCAAUCCGGCAGAGAUGCUUCGUCGUUUCCGUUUAGGUAUUAAGAAGAAGUGGCGUUCUAUGGCGACCACUACCCCUUGCGACACCUACCAGGAGUUCUACGAGAUUCUGUUGAGGAUUGAGGAUUUCGAGAAUAUGCCCAGAGAAAGUGAGGAAGAAGAAAAAGAUGGCAACCAGAGGAAAGAUGACAAGGGUAAAGGUCAGGCGUCUCUUGGACCUCGCAAGACCCAGAGCUUUAAGCGAGGUAGAACUAGUUAUAAUUCUUCUAGCGGUGGUUGUAGUGCCACUGGCCAGGGUCGUGGUGGUAGAUUUGCUGGGGGUGCUAGAGGCCAGAGGCAGGGUGAUGCUGGUAGAGGUAGGGCUUUAGUUUGCCACAGGUGUAAUAAUCGACAUUUUGGAGAGUGCAAGCGAGGCAGCGGUUGUUGCUUCACUUGUCGACAGAUAGGACAUCGGGCUGCAAAUUGUCCCCAGCAGACUUUCUUGCCACCACCUACACCGAUCCAGCAGGUUCCUGGUCCUGGUAGUUAUGGGCAGACGGGUCGUGGUGGUGCCUAUUAUUAUCAGGGAAAUGCUGUUCCUUAUGCCCCAGGACAAUAUCCAUAUCCCCAAGAUCCAUAUUCUCAGAGUGGUUAUCCCUAG